AUGGAAGCCUCCCGCCAACCCUCCUCCAUCCCGCCAGCCAAUCCCCCCAGCGUGGAAAUCGCCUACAAGCGCAAGUGCAUAGCGCUGAAGAAGCGCCUCGCCGAAGUCGAAGCCGAGAAUGAAAUCAUGCGCACCCGCAACCGCCGCGGCUCCCAAUACAUCCAGAAAAUGCGCUUGGAAACCUGCAUGCUCCUCGAACGUCUAACAAAGGUCACCGGCAUGGCCGACGAGGCAAAGACAGGCACCGCAAACCCAGAACUGCGUGCCCGCGCCGCAGCCAUGAUGAAUCCUGCACAUGGGGCCGGUGUGCUUCUGGAAGACGAUACGGAGGGUAGCUCCGAUGAGCAGCCGCGCACACCCGAGGAACGCCCGCUACGCGUUAAGCGCUCCCGCAAGUCCAACGCCACCGGCAUCGAUGGCCUGGACGAUGAUCUCCCCGCUCACGAUGGACAUCCCGAAUCUGUAGAUCCCGCUGCUGCUGCCCUUCCCCGUCUUGCGCCGGCUCCGACACAGGAGUCUCUUACUCAUUCCUUCCGUGUGCAGACGGGCAGUGGUGGCUCUGCGGAACAGACUCCUGUUGCUGCUGAGGCUGGUCCUGAGGCUGUGACUACGCCGAUGGAUGUGGAUAGGGAGGAGGUUAAGGAGCCUAAGGUUGAGCAGGCUUAG